AUGGCCUCGAAAAGAGCUGUUGCAAUGCUGCGGCCGGCUGUCAAUGCCUCUGCAACUCGCGCAUUGAGACUUGAAUCUGCUCAAAAGCUACAGUACUCUACUCGAACCAUAGCUGGCCAAGCUAUAGCCCUCCACAAAUUCGAGGUACGACAGCUGCAGCAAUGCGUCCGUUACGCCUCGUCCGAGGCUUCUGGAGAGAAACCGGCGAGAACGGGUCUGUAUGAGCUUCACAGCAAACAUGGCGCCAAGUUUGUGCCCUUUGGCGGUUAUGAGAUGCCAGUGCAGUACAGCGACCAGAGCAUUAUCAACUCACACCACUGGACCCGCGAGAAGGCCAGCCUGUUCGACGUGGGACAUAUGGUACAACACCACUUCUCCGGCUCCGGCGCUGAAGCGUUCCUUGAGAGCAUCACUCCCUCCUCCCUCUCCACCCUGCCCGAGAAUCAGUCGACUCUCUCGACCCUACUGCACCCCGAGACUGGAGGCAUCGUCGACGAUACUGUCAUUGCGCGCCUGCCAGACAGAUUUUACGUCGUCACCAACGCUGGCUGUCGCGAGAAGGACAAAGCUUACCUGUCUGAACAACUCGAAUCAUGGAAGAAGCAGAAUCCUGACCAGGCCGUCGAGUGGAACAUCCUUGAUGGACAGGGCUUGAUUGCUCUCCAGGGGCCCCUGUCUGCCACCCUCCUCUCUCGCAUCCUUGCCGACGAGUCAACCACUACGCUCAAGUCGUUGUACUUUGGUCAAUGCACCCCAGCGACGAUCAAGGGUACAGACGUCGAGGUGCUGGUGAGUCGCGCAGGAUACACUGGAGAGGAUGGCUUCGAAAUCAGCAUCCCCUCUUCUGCUACCGAAGCCGUCACCCAAUUCCUUCUCGAUAAUGCCAAGGAUGAGUUGCGUUUUGCUGGCCUCGGUGCACGCGACACCCUCCGUCUCGAGGCUGGCAUGUGUCUUUAUGGCCACGACUUAGAUGACACCACAACCCCCGUCGAGGCAGCGCUGUCUUGGAUCAUCGGAAAAGAUCGCCGCGCAAAGGGCGGCUUCCACGGAGACUCCGUAAUCCUGCAGCAACUGAAGAAGAAGUCAGACGGUGGUGGUGUGUCGCGACGCCGCAUUGGCCUGAUCGUCGAGGGUUCGCCUGCUCGUGAAGGCGCUGAGAUUGUCAGCGAGUCUGGCGAGAAGAUCGGCAACAUCACCUCCGGCUGCCCCUCGCCCACUUUGAAGAAGAACAUUUCCAUGGGGUACAUCAAGGAUGGUUUGCACAAGGCCGGCACUGAGGUGCACGUUGUUGUACGUGGAAAGAAGAGGAAGGCGGUGGUGACCAAGAUGCCUUUUGUUCCCAGCAAAUACUUCAAGCAACCCACCACGGCAAAGGCGUAG